AUGGCAGUUGCCCAUGCCGCCACACUGGAGGAUUCUGGCCGAAGCCUGCAGCCAAGCCCCGAAGCGCUCCCGAGAUCACCUGACGAAGCCGGGGAGAUCCUUGAACCAGAGGAGGAAGGACCCAUUGAGUUGGAAAUGGAGGCCACGCCAAGCCGAGGCAGCCGAACCGCUGAGGUCACCUUCGCUGUGGGCACUUUUUCAGCUUCGGCGCCUCAACCAUGGGAGCCUCAGGUAUCGCCGGCGCCAAGGGCCAGUCGAGACCAGGAACCUUCUCCUGGAGAGAGUGCCAUCGACGAGAUGUUUGCAGACAUCCUCGGCCCAAUUCACGAGGCGCCGACACCGGCGCAACGGGUUGUGGAACCUGUGCCCGAGCCUGCUCCGAAGCCGCGAGUGGCAGCUGAUGCUGCAGCUGCCAGCAGUCAAAGGAUUGUGGCCUCUGAACCAGCGGGGCCGCUGAGCCGCAGCCAGGCCGCAGCUGCCACACCAGCCGCAGCGCCUCCGGCCUCCUCCGCGCGGAAUCUUGCUGUGCCAGCUGUUUCCAAGCUGGCGAACCUUAUGCAGGAGAGCACAGAGAGGAGGGAGCCUGUUCCACAGAACAACUCUCCUGGGAACGGCUCCACAUGCAACAGGGAGGCUGAAGAGGAGGAUGUUAGUCUGGACAAGGAGUGGGACGAGAUCGCCCGUCGAACCGAUGAGCUCAUAGCAAACGCACGCGAGUCCAAAGGCGUCGUGGCCGUCUCACAGGAUGUCCUGAGCCAACCUCUCGGCUACAAAGACUUCACGCAGUGGUUACUCCAGCUGGAGAUAGAUCCUGCUGCUCUGCGGCAGAUGCGAGAAGAUAUGAUCGAGGAUGAUCUCGGCGCCUGCGGCUGCUUCAUGAAGAGGCGAAGGCCUCUUUCUGAAGUACCCGGCCUGGACCGACGGUUCUGGGCGGACAAGGAUCUAGUCCUGUUCCUGAAGGUCACGCACUUUGAUUUCAACGACAUCAUACAUCACCGAAUGCUGCGGACGAUGUAUGGCAAGUUGUCGAGGAACAAGGUCUGCCCAUCGAUCGGCAGGCACUGGGAACUCCUUGGAUUUCAAAGCGGAGAUCCUCGAACCGAUUUGAAUCGUUCCGGUGGUGUCCUGAACGUCAUGCAAAUGUUCUAUUUCUUUUCGCAUCACUUCGACCUCAUGAAGUCUGCCUACCUGCUCGCGCAAGAUGCGCAGCACAAUUUCCCGCUCGCCUGCGUGUCCAUAAACAUCACAAAGAUGGUGGUCGAGUGUCUCCUCGAAGGACGGCUGUCCAAGCUCUGCAAUGGUUCGCGGGGUGUGUUCGACACCACCUGCAUGGUCUACAGCGCGGCCUUCUUCCACUGGUACUGGCGCUGGAGAACUCAGAAGCGAAGCAUCCGCGAUACGGAGCUCACCUUCAAAGAG